UUCAUUGUGAGAGAUCAGAGUCAGAAACAUCAUCGUGCUCAGAGAGGAGGAAAAAAAACAACAAAAGAAGAAGAAGAAGAAGAAGAUGAAUAUGAUUCUCCUAAAGGUCUUUGCUCUACAUCUAACCCUCCUUCACAUCGGGGACGCCAACAAGUUCAGGGUCAUCAAACCGAACGUUAUUGCUUUGGAGGUAAAUGGAAACCCGAUGAAACAGAAGACCUCGGUCGUCCUGAGUUGUGGCGAUCAGUUCGAUAACUCUGAGAUCCACUGGAGGAAAAAUCAGGAGAAGAUCGAUGUGAAGGGGAACCGUGUAGAAGUGAGCAUCGAGGCCAUGCUGGGGGGAAACUUCACCUGCCACGAGGAAUCAGGAGACGUCCUGAACCACACGCUGGUGCUGGUCAGCCCACUCGACUUCGACAAGGCCAUUCUGCUGCGCAAUGAUGAUAAAGAAUUUGUCACAUGCGUCGCUAGAAACUACAGCGGCCCGUUCCACUGCUCAUGGAAGUGGGAUCCUAUAAGGAACGGAGUUGUGGUGUUCUUCAGUGCUUCCCGGAACUCGAACAUGCUCAAAUGCUCUCUGGACGCCGAUAACGCAGGACUGACGUGUGAGGAUCUGCAGUGCCCGUUCUCUGAGGAGGUGACCCGCAUCAACCUCACCCUGCUGGUCCGGAACCAGUACCGCUUAGAGGAACACCAGAGGACUUUCUUCAUUCAUGACAUCAUCAAACCAGGAAAAGUCGACAUCACCAAAGCUGAGAAUGACGCGUUCGAGUGGAAAAUCCCAAAAACGUGGAACCAGCCAUGUUCGUUCUUCCCUCUGCGCUACGAAGUGAAAGUGGUGUCACAUCGCAAGGAGUGUGAAGAGACGUCAGGUGAAGGAAACCAUUCAGAGAACCACUACGUGAGCGAGACACAUUAUAAAGUGAUCGGAAGAAAGAGUUAUACGUUCUGUGUGAGAGCUCAGGACUCCUUCACCAACAAAGUCUGGAGCGACUGGAGCCAGCACAAGGUCAUGAAACAAAAGUCGAGAAAAUAAAAAGGAUAUUUUCAUCAUGACAUCAGCAAAUGAGAUUUCUGAAGUUGUUUUAUUACUUUUAUACUGUGACGAUUUGAUAUUUAUUAUUUAUUAAAGAACGACACAUCAGCAACCUUU